UCAAUCCAAGUCAGAAGUCUAGACUCUAGUGUCCGUGAGUACGGAUGCUACAUAACAUAUUAACUAAAUUGUUACUUGUAACUUGUUAAAAUGUUAUUAGUUGACACUUACGCUUAGUAUACAUACUCAGUAUUACUGAUUGCGUUUUAUUAUGUAUAUAGGAUUAUUUCUGGCGUUUAUUUUUGUAUUAAACAUUAUCAAAUGUAACGAGUAUCUACUUUCUAACGUAACAAUUUGGGGUCCUGGUUUGAAUCCUGAUGUAAUUUUACCAGCUCGAUAUUUUUAUGUUCAAUGCAACCAAUUAAGAUUUAAUGCCAACGACUUUAAAGUAGUAAUAAGUGGUAAAACUAAAAAUGGUAACAAUUGUCGUAUUUGGACAAACAUUUUGGAUCGAAAAGACACAUCAUUCAUAGUUCGUUACAAAUUGUAUGAAGUUUGUUAUGAUUUGAAUAUAUACAUUCAAUGUAUUCAAACAAAUGAAAAACUUGCCAAUUAUUUCUACAAAGGGCCAAUAUACCCAGAUGAAUGUGAUUGUUCGCGAGUGCCAAUUGACACUUGGCUAUCAAAUGCCCAAUGCAGAACAAAUAUUGAUCAAAUCAACAAUGAUCUCAGUCAGUUUAAGGAAAUAGAUUUUAACAAUAUACUAGAUAGAAUGGUGUCGUUUUUCAAUAAAAACCCUUAUAGUAUGAGUAUCUGUCAAUAUGUUAUAAAAAAUAAUUUGAUAUUUAGGAAAUGUUAUGGCGAAUAUACAGGCUUUAAAAUGUUCAUGGAUAACUUAUUACUUUCAUUAAGUCGAAAGGUUGACCUACCAGAUUUAGAAUUCUUUGUGAAUCUGGGUGACUGGCCAUUAUCUACUAGCAAAAACAAAUUUCCAAUAUUUUCGUGGUGCGGAUCAAAAUCUACAAGUGAUAUUGUAAUGCCCACCUAUGAUAUUACAGAAUCUUCACUAGAAAAUAUGGGAAGAGUAAGCUUAGAUAUGUUGUCGGUUCAAAGCAACAUUGAUAAACAAUGGUCAGAAAAAAUUCCAAAGGCAUUUUGGAUGGGUCGAGACUCUAGCAAACAGCGAUUAAGUUUGAUUGAAAUUAGUAAACAACAUCCCGACCUGAUCAAUGCUUCAAUAACAAAUUUUUUUUUCUAUAAAGAUUUGAAAGAAAAGUACGGCCCUGGCAAAAAGCCCAUAUCUUUCUUUGCAUUUUUUGAUUAUAAAUAUCAGUUAAACCUUGAUGGGACUGUUGCAGCAUAUAGAUUCCCAUAUUUGUUAGCUGGUAAUUCUUUAGUUUUAAAACAGGAAUCUGAAUAUUAUGAGCAUUUUUAUAACGAACUAGAACCUUGGGUUCAUUUUGUUCCUGUGAAAAGAAAUUUAGAAAAUCUAGUCGACCUAAUUAAACAAAUGGCUGCUGAUGACACAAAAGCAAAAGAAAUAUCAAGAAAUGGACAAAACUAUGCUAGAAAUAAUCUAACACCUCAAAACAUAUUGUGUUAUUACAUGCUGCUGCUACAAAAUUAUGGAAAAUUGCUUACAUCAAGAGUAGAAGUACGAGAUGAUAUGGAAGCUGUAACGAGUCCAAAAAUCAACAGCAAAGUUGUAUGUGAAUGUGAAAAUUCAGAGAAUCAGAUCAAAACAAAUUUAAAAACAGAGUUGUAAAAAUAAUUACCAAUGUUAAAAGUUGCAAGUAGUUAAGUGUAGUUAAUUAUAUUCUUGCCCAACAUUACACUAUUUAUGUGACCUUAUUGGUAUUAUAAAUGAACUAAUAUUUUUCUAAUAAA